UAAUUAAUCUCCACUCCUCUCUCUCUCUGUGCAAUUACUCUUUGAGGGCAUAUCUCUCUAGAACAUCGAGUAUUGCUGACUUGAGCGUCGGAGUGUUUUCCCAAGGAAACAUCCUCGGGAAUUUCAGGUGUGGAAGCAGUUGAAGACUUCAACAGUGUUGGAUCGUGAAGCUGCCCAAACAUUUGGCGUCGUCUGUGGGAACUGAACAAGAAGUUGUGUAGCUUAACCUGCUGAAAGACAAAAUGGUUCGUACCUUUACUUGAAGUCGCCCUCCAAAGAAAUGAAAUGGAUGAGCAGGAGGACACUCAGCUAUCUGAGCUCGGCUUAAAUGAUUUUAGGCCAAUGCCGAGAAACCUUUUUGUUGGGGGAGCAGAACAGGAUCAAUUAAGUGGAACGGAUGAUGAUGAAAGAACACCAACUGGGUAUGCAACUCAACCUGAACACUUCCAAAUUCCAACAGAAACAAGGCAAAGACAUCCCAGGCAGGGCAGUCUACAACAUGAACGACUUGAAAGGUCAAUAGAGCCUGCUCGGGCAACCGAGCUUGAAGAGAGAACCAGAGUUCUCGAAAUGGCAAUUGGUAAAAUCCUUGCCUGCCUGAUUCUUGAUGACCCCCUAAUUCCUUUGCUGAACAGGGAUGCACAGCCAGCUGCAGUAGUUGCAACCUGUAACUCCCCGGCCCUGAGUAAUGUGGUGGUCCCAACCAGACCAAGGGGAAGUGGGAGGUUAAACCCAGAACCCAGCUCCUCCAAGCAUAAUGAAGAACUACUAAAGAAAAACGCUGACCUCGAAAGACAGCUCAAAGACGUGCAGAAAUCCAUUGACGAGCUAAAAAGUCCCAAGUCGCACCAACAGACCCUUGACUUGGAUAGUGCCCCACUAAACCUAUCCAUCACAGCAGAACCGUAUCAAGAGGGAUUCAAAAUCCCCCACCUGGAGACAUAUGAUGGCUCGGGUGACCCAGAUGAGCAUCUGCAUACCUAUCAGGCCAUCAUGAGAAUCCAAAAUGCCAAUGACGCCAUGAUGUGCAAAGUGUUUCCAGCGACACUGAAGUCAACGGCCAAAAGAUGGUAUCAUAAACUCCCUAGACAUUCUAUAGACUCAUACUCCCAGCUCGCCAAGCUAUUCUCCAAUAAAAUUGUGAGCCCAAGGGAGAUUAAACGUACAGCAACUGAACUGAUGCAGGUUCAUCAGAAAGAAGGGGAAUCUCUGAGGGAUUACAUGCAACGAUUCAACAAGGCUACCUUAGACAUUGACAACGUCCCCGAUACCAUCUACUUGUCUGCCUUGCUGCAUGGUUUGAAGCCUGGCCGGUUUCUAGACGACCUACUGGAGAAUCCACCUAAGUCGUGGAAUGAAGUAAAUGACAGGUCGGCAAGCUUCAUACUGUCCGAAGAUUUUCAAUCUUUCAAGAGACGAGUUGAUGAUAGGCAGGGUAAAGAGCCCAAGCAGCCUGAGGGCAGAGAUGACAAGAAAAAACAGAAGGGGGCCAAAGCGCCCAGGGCCGUAAGGCAUAUGCCCGGCAGCUCGGUGGACUAUAAGCGAGUAGAGGGAGAGCCCGACAUUAUGAUGCCUCAUGCAGAUCCUUUUGUGGCAACAGUUCAUAUAGGCAAUCAUAACAUCAACAAGGUCUUCAUUGAUACUGGUAGUUCACCAGACAUCCUGUAUUGGAGCUGUUUUCAAAAGAUGCAGCUGAAUCCGAGCUCACUACAGAAGCAUGAAAGGCCCAUCUACGGAUUUGAUAAUCAACCUGUCCCGGUUGAGGGAGUAAUUACUCUUCCCAUCUAUGUGGGCAUAGAACCGUGCUUCAGGAUAGCUUUCGUCAGCUUCCUAGCCGUCAAAAUGGAAUCAGCUUUCAAUGCCAUACUGGGAAGGGCCACCCUCUGCAAGCUGAAGGCCGUCAUCUCGCAACCUCAUAUCUGCAUGAAGUUCCCAACACCUCAGGGGGUAGGAGUGCUUAAGGGAAACCAGAAGAUGGCCAAGGCUUGCUAUCAAGAUACAUUCAAGAAGGUUAAGCUCGCUGCAACCCCGAGAGGCUCCUCUGGAAGUCAUAGGCCGACUCAGCCCGAUCAACAGACAAUGAGCAUAUCAAACAUUGAGCAUCGCCCUGAGGGUGUCGAACAUAAAGCAGAGCCAGUAGAACUAGUAGAAACGAUCCCUUUGAACCCUGACAUUCCAGAAAGAACAUCCACAAGCUCAGCACGGACCCCACCAAAAUGCCAUGGGUUAAAAAAACGUCGCCUUUUUGGCCUUGAGAAGCAAGCUGCUAUAGAUGAAGAGAUACAAAAGCUACUACAGGCAGGCUUCAUCAAGAGAGUUGAAUACUCUGAGUGGGUGUCCAACCCUGUGCUCGUCAAAAAACCAAAUGGCAAGUGGAGGAUGUGUACUGAUUUCACCAACUUAAAUGAAGCCUCGGGUUAUCACCAAGUUCAGUUGCUGUUGGACGACCAGGAGAAAACAACUUUUUAUGCUGGUGACGUAAUCUACUGCUAUGUCAUGAUGCCAUUUGGCCUGAAAAAUGCUGGCGCGACGUAUCAGAAACUGGUGCAGGUCGUUUUUAAGCUUCAGAUUGGCAAGAAUAUUGAAAUAUAUGUAGACGAUAUGAUAGUCACCAGUAAGCGAGCGGAGGAUCAUAUAGCUGACUUGAAUGAAACAUUUCGGAACUUGCGCCGAGCCCAAAUGAAGCUGAAUCCCUUGAAGUGCACGUUUGCUGUAGAAUCAGGAAAAUUUUUAGGGUACGUGGUGUCCAAAAAAGGAAUUGAGGUAAACCCAGAGAAGGUUCAGGCCGUUCAGCAGAUGGAGCCUCCCAAGACCAUAAAAGACGUGCAGUGUCUGACUGGUCGUAUUGCUGCGUUGCACAGGUUCAUAGCCAAAUCGACAGAAAGGUGCCUUCCAUUCUUUAAAGCCCUGCGAGAGCCCAAGAACUUUCAGUGGACCACCGAGUGUCAACAGGCGUUUGACGAGCUUAAACAAUAUUUAGCGUUAGCACCCCUGCUGUCCAAGCCUGUGGAAGGGGAGAGUUUAUACCUAUAUUUGGGGGUUACAGAGGAGGCAGUGAGCUCGAUUUUGCUAAGGGAAAAGAAUAAACAUCAGAAGCCUAUCUGUUAUGUGAGUAAAAUUUUACAAGGCGCAGAGCAGAACUACCCACUAGCAGAAAAGGCUGCUUUUGCCCUGGUAUACACAGCUCCCGCGCACAACCAUAAAAGGCUAGGCUGUGGUGGACUUCCUAGUGGAGUGCCUUUCGGCGACGGUGGAAGAAAGGGCACCAGUAUAUCCGGUCUGGGUCCUGUACAAUAUGAAGCCCUCAUUUAUGGCUUGAAGCUGGCGUCCGAGCUGAAAGCGCAAAGCAUUAAGGUUUUCAGUGAUUCUCAGCUCGUGGUGGGCCAAGUGAAUGGCAGCUGUGAAAUCAGGGAUCCUCAGCUUGGUCAUUAUGCCUCUGUGGUCAACAUAUUGAAAUCAGGAUUUGUCUCUUUCCAGAUCGACAAGAUACCCAGAGUAGAUAACCAACGAGCUGACGAGCUAUCAAAAUUAGCCUCCUCACAAGACAUCAACCCUCAGAGAUCGACAAUUGUGGAGAUACUUGAUGCCCCGAGCUACACCGAUUUCACAAUCGAGGCGGCAAAUUUCACCCUAUUAGAUAAUCAGCUCUACAAGCGAGCAGCCUCAAUGCCCCUACUACGCUGCCUUACUCCUUAUAAAGCUGAAUAUGCUGUGAGGGAAGUUCAUGAAGGAGUAUGUGGCACACACAUAGGUGGUAGAACUUUAGCUCGGAAACUCAUGAGGCAUGGUUAUUACUGGCCUACUAUGGUCGAGGACGCACAGAGCUAUGCCAAAAAGUGCCCGACCUACCAGUUCAAUGCUGAUGAUAUUCACAUGCCAGUCGACCUGCUCGGCCCUUUUACCAAAGGCAAAGGAGGUUGCACUUACCUAGUUGUCGCGGUGGAUUACUUCACCAAAUGGAUAGAAGCCAAACCAUUAUCCACGACAACAGAGAAGAAAAUAAAGGAAUUCCUAUUCAAUUCCAUAUUAUGCAGGUUCGGCAUACCUGAACGGAUCAUUGCUGACAAUGGUCCACAAUUCCGAGCCGCGGCACUGAGGUCGUUAUGUGACGGCUAUGGCAUUGAGCUCGCCUUGACAUCUGUGUAUACCCCACAGUCAAAUGGACAAGCUGAGUCCGCCAAUAAAAUCAUCUUGCGAGGCCUCAAGACGCGUGUGUUGGCUGCACAUUCUAAUUGGGUUAACGAGCUCAAUAGAGUGCUUUGGUCAUGUCACACUACACCUAGCUCGGCCACAGGCGAAACCCCAUUCAGCCUGGCCUAUGGAGCUGAGGCCGUCAUCCCUAUAGAGAGGUCGGAUUGCCAUCUGAUAGAGUAGGUUGGCACAACGAUCCAAGCAAUGAACAGCUUUUAAGAGAGAACUUAGACCUUGUGGAAGAGGUCCGGGAGAUGUCUUGAAUAAGAAACAUGGCACAUCAAA